GGAGAUUCUUCCUUGUCUUGUCAAAGUUUGUCAAUUUGUCAAAACAAUAAAUAAAACGAAAAAGUAAAAUUUAAAUGGGACAGGAUCGAAUAUCAAGUAAAAACAGUUUUGUUAAAGUUAAAUAUUAUUAGAAAUUAUUGAUAAUACCUAAGUAAUGAAGAAUUCUGGCAAGACUACUUAUACUUCUUGUAUAAAAAUUAACGGAAAACCAAUUUUACCGCCAGUGAUUACCCCUGAGUUGCGAAAAGAACUUCUAAGAGAUAAACAUCAAGCAAUUAAACUAGAACAGCGUAUAAACCGUUGUAGAGAACUUAAAAAGCAUUUAAAUGAUCUUUUGUCUGCAAAUGAUAAAUCACGACCUUGUUCACAACUUACUUUUGGUGAUAACAGUCAUAUAGAGGCUUUGAAUAUUUCUGACAGGCCCAAGUAUCAAAGGCAAUUGAAUCAAGUUAAUUUAACAUCCGAUUUAAUAGAAGUUUCCCAGUAUGAUAAUAGUGGCAUAAAGUCUGUGCAACAAAAUACUGAAAAGACAAAUGACGUAUUUAAUAUUGGGUGCACAAGUACUGAUGGUACUGUUUCUAGUGACAGUAUUAUUGAAGAGCACAUAGAGAGUUGUACCAGUGGAAAUCAGAAUGAAUUGCCUAAAGUUGAGAACACAGGGUCUGUAGAAAAUGAAGAAAAGUCUAACAAUUUAAGUCCACUAAAACCACGUUUAAUUCGGAGUAAUUCAUAUACACUGGAAAGUCCUAGUCCAGUACUUUUAGCUUAUCUACAAAAUGUAAAUAAUAUCAGUAAACAAGAAAAUAAUUUACUUACUUCUAAAAACUGGGCCUCACUUGAAAAUAAUUAUUCACCUUAUGAGAGCAGUGAUUUUGAGAGCCUCAAUACUGUUUGUUAUAAUGUUAAAGAAAAUGGAAAUGACAAUAAAAAGUCUGAUGAAAAUAUAGAUGAGACUAGCAAAAAUAUUAAUGAAGUUAAGUCGCCUACUAUUGAAGUUUACCAAACGGACAUAUCUGUCCAACAAAUCACCUUAAAUACUGUUAGUAAUUCACAAGGGGAUGGUACGAAAGAAGAAAAACGCGAGGUAUUUUUUACUAGAGAUCCUUUCGAUAAUUUUGAAUCUGAUAGUGAGUUAGUUCAAAUUUUAAAGGACAUACCAGAAGCGGCAGCUAAUCAGAUAUUAGAGUUAUUGAAAAAACAACAUAUUGAACAAAAAGAAAGGUUGGAAAGGUAUGAUACCUUGAACUUAUCUCCACAAAAACAAUCUUCAGUUGCAGAGGUUUUUGUAAGUCCACAUAAUUCUGCAAAAGAAAGAUGUGAAGUCAGUGAUAAAUUAAAUUCUUCAAGAUCACUAAAAAAACAGCAUAUUGAACAAAGGGAAAGGUAUGAUAACUUAAAUUUGUCUCCAGAGAGAACUUCUUCAGCUGCAGAGGUUUUUCUAAGUCCUAAUGAUUCUACAAAAGAAAGAUGUGAUACCAAUGACAACUUAAGUCCUUCAAAAUCGUGUCUUUCCACAUCAAAUACAUUAAAGCCAGAAACCGGUAGGUCAGUAAAUGGCAAGUUGAGCAGAAGCAGUACUUUUUCAGUAUCACCAAGUCAGUCAUUAUACUACAGUAUUAACAGUGAUUGCGGUACUUUAACAGCUCCUUCAACCCCUUCCAUUAAAUUAAUAGAUUUGGAAAAUGAUGUUUCUGAAAAUAUGAAAAUUGGAGUUUUAACUGAAAAAAAUGGGUAUUGGGAAGGUGUAGUAGUUCAUGAAGAUGUUACAAAGAGCUGCAGUAAAGAGUUGUUUCCACAAAUUGAUCUUGCUAGAAGAAAUAAUUUGAAAAAGGAGUGGGCUGCUAGCGUAAUAGGUGCUCAUGUUCGAGGCUAUUUAACCAGACGACUGUUAAGAACAGAAAAGGUGCAGAGCCUUAUUGCCACAGUUAAAGAUGUGCUACUGUGCGCUCUCGAGCUACAUCAAGCUGAACACAUUGAUGAGAAGGAUGUAGAAUUACACAGAAGACUGAUAAAUCAGCUCACUGCAGCACUUUAUUCAUUCCACGAGAUAUUUUUUGACCUAACCAUCCCCGAACGAAUGUUAAUAAUAGCUGCCGAUCGGCAACAUAAACUAGGAAAGCUUAAAAGAUCGCUGUCAAGUAGUAAAUCUUCGCGCUCUUUACAUUCCAGUAGCUCUAGUAGGUCCUUAAAUUUAAAACAAACCCCCUCAAGUUCACCAAGUCUUACCAAAGUUUAAUUUUUAAGCAUGCAUUUUUUUGACGUCGACUAUUUCUGAGAAAAAGUAGUGUAAUUUUUAUGUUUUUUUUUUGUAUCAAACUUUAAUAUUUAAACUAUUUAGUGUCUUAAGGAUUGUGGCCUUUUUGAUAU